UUUGGGUUACACAACAACACAAUCCGGUGGUUGGGCCUUCUUUUUCUCCUGAUUAACGGCCCAGAUCCAUUCAACAAAAUUGCCCCAAACCAAAAGAAAGGAGAAAUCCUUUUUAAGUUUAAAUUUUAUUUUAUUUGUUUAAUUUCACUUAGUAGCCAAACGCUGUCAAAAUCUUUCUUCAGCUGAUAAAUCUUCUUCAGUUGCUCAAAGCCGAAGAGUUUUGGAUCAAAAGUCCGAUUUCGAAGGAAAUUAGGCGUUUUGGAUCCAAGAUGAGUUAUCAGAAAGUGCCCCACGAAGAUUUCCCUCCUCCAGGGUACGGGUCGGUGUACCCUCCGCCGGCGGCGUAUCCGUCCGCGCCACCGUUAGAGGGAUAUCCGUAUCCGCAACCGCAAUCGCACGACGGAUGUCCGUAUUCGCCUCCUCGGCCGACAGGGUAUCCUUACCCGCCGCCGCACGCUGGUGGAUAUCAAGGAUAUUUCCAUCAUGGAUGUCAUCCGCCGCCUCCUCCUCCGCCGCCUGUCCAGGUUUACCAUUGUGAUCACGAUGAUGGUUCCUCCUUUCUCCGAGGCUGUCUUGCGGCCCUUUGUUGCUGUUGUGUACUGGAAGAAUGCUGCUUCUGAGUGUUCAACUUCAACUGUGCGAGAUGAGGAAAGCGCCAUAGUGUUCCCGAUUAUUUUCAGUCUGGUGGAAAUACUAUUAUUUGUUUUAUGUCAAUUAUCUACUCGUAUAGUUCCUGUCAUUAAGAAAACUAAGUUGCACGUGAUAUCUUGGUAAUAUGUUAUCCAUGCUGCUGAACUGGAUUUUGGGCAUGUCCGUCAUUGUAUGAUAGAACCAUUAUUAAACCAGAAGAUAUUUCUGCAA